AUGAGAAUAAAAAAUACUAAAUGCGGAAUAGUUACUAUUCCUCAAAAAGAUAAAUCUAAAGGAUAAAAUUCUGAUUUACAUUUAUAUAUAUCAUAUAAAAUUGAAAAUGAUAAAGAAUAUUUAGCCUAUGCAUUAUAGUGUUAACAUGUAGCAGGCAUAGGACCUACUCAUGGUUCAAUUAACUUCAAUUUAGAUAAAAUGCCAAAGUUCGAAUAAAAUGCUUUUAUUGAAUUUGAAGAUUUAAUGGAAGUAGUUAUCCAUGAAAUAACUCAUGUAUUAGGUUUUAGUGAUCAUGAUAUGUCUAAAUGGAUAUUACCUAAGGGAACUACUCAUGCUUUUGUUACAACAAAAAUAAAGGAAGUUAAUACUGUGUUGCUCAAAACUCCUAACGUUUUGAAGUUUGCUCGAGAAUAUUUUGGAUGUUCUAUCUUAGAAGGUAUGCCUCUUUAACAUUUAGGAGGCGAAGAUUCUGUUAAAUUCUCAUUGGCCAAACACAAUUAUCCAAAACGAAUAUAUGAAUACAUCUACAUCAUCUACUUAGGCCCAUUUUAGUGGUUUUACAACGAAUCUUCUAAGAGACACAGGUUACUAUGCUGA